AUGGCUCGGCUGUCGACAAUGUUACCAGCGACAAACGUAUGCAAAAGCGGGAAAAUCGACCGAGAAGCUGGGGAAACGAAGCGAAAGCGGAAGGCGUAUGCGGCCAAAGAACAUUUCUUACAGGCGCAGCAUAAAGAGAUAGGGUAUAAGGUUUGCAUCGAAGCCAUUCGGAAAGAUGAAAGGAAAACAAGCGAAAGGAUAUCUUGAGAGCAUCUCACGAGCUGUUGGACCGCAGCAGUGCCUGAAAGAACCCGUUAGUAUGACAAAGGUCCUUUUCGCAACGGUGCAGGUGCAAGACUCACCCUUUCGACGGCAAGCUCAUCCGCUCGGUCAUUUGGGCUUGCGAGGCCACCACCACGAUUAAUGGUACUGGUUGCGGUCACGGAUCGAGGUUCCAAACCCGGGCGCUGUUGGCUCUUGCCAUCAGGCCCAC